CUUACAACAACAAACUUUCUUCGCCACCACCAAGCUACCUUCUGCAUUCUUGCAUCAACAGUAAAGACGUUUACGUCUGAUCAUCUAUAUUUUUUCACUUUCCAACCCCACAAACAUCCAAAAUGACUGGUGGCAAGUCCGGCGGCAAGGCUAGCGGCUCCAAGAGCGCGCAAUCUCGUUCCUCCAAGGCCGGUCUGGCAUUCCCCGUCGGUCGUGUCCACCGUCUCCUCCGCAAGGGCAACUACGCCCAGCGUGUUGGUGCCGGUGCUCCCGUCUACCUGGCUGCCGUCCUCGAGUACCUUGCUGCUGAGAUUCUCGAGCUGGCUGGCAACGCCGCUCGCGACAACAAGAAGACCCGUAUCAUCCCCCGUCACCUGCAGCUCGCCAUCCGCAACGAUGAGGAGCUGAACAAGCUCCUGGGUCACGUCACCAUCGCCCAGGGUGGUGUGCUCCCCAACAUCCACCAGAACCUCCUUCCCAAGAAGACUGGCAAGGGUACCAAGAACGCGAGCCAGGAGCUGUAAAUUACCUUACAUGCGGGGUGUUUGCGGGGUUGCUUUUGUUUUUCGGCCGGCACGUUUGGGUUGUUCAUGACAUCGGGGUCACGGUUACAGGGUCACUUUAGGGUUGUGUUUUUCGCACGUUUGGGUUGUACAUUAAUUCCCAAGGUCAUGGUCAUGAAAUGAAUACCAUUUGAACACCAUUUGGGCGUUUUCUUAUGCAAUUGCUGUGUGC